AUUUGCGUGUCUCUCUCUAUCUGUUACCUCUUACUGUUAACAUUGCUUUCUGUUUCAUCUCUGGAGGCCCAGAUGUUCUCAGAUAAUACACAUUGUCCCGACUGUGGACAACAGUGGUUCCCAAGUUUAGAACUGGGCCAUUGGCUGUACCAAACUGAACUUGUUGAAAAUGAAUGUUACCAAGUGUUCUUAGACCGGAUUAACAGAGCUGAUUAUUGCCCUGAGUGUUACCCUGAUAAUCCUGCAAAUAGAAGCCUUGUUCUUCCCUCGUCUUUUCCAUUUGAAUGGGCUCCCCAAAAUUUCUCCAGGUGGACCUUUGAGAAGGCUUGCCAUCCAUUUCUUCUGGGUCCUCCACUGGUUAGAAAAAGGAUACAUGAUUCUAGAGUAGCUGGUUUUAACCCAGCAUUACAGUUAAUCUUGGCCAGGACAGACAAUACCUUAAACAGAAGACUUGACCAAAACAAGUAACUUCUUAAACAAUCAAAAUCAUGGAGAUGUUAGAGGCUUUUGCACUAGUAGUUAAAGCAAUAUGGAAUGUAACUCCUUGGUAAAUUUGAUCCAGACUAUCACUGCUUUGGGGAACUGCUUCACUAGUUGGAUCUGAUUCUGUGGUCUAUGCAUGUUUUGUUCAGCAUAAGUUUAAUCAGUAUCCCAGCUAGGCUGUUUACCUGAAGCCAGGCUAAUCUACUGCCUCUAUAUUUUGGAAUUAGCAUUGCCCUCUAAAAGAUCCACGACCUAAUUACUGACAUAUGACAUGAUAGUCCUGGAGCAAGGGCCCAUAUUGUGGGCUCCAUAAUGGCAUAUCUAGUGACUGCUUUUUAUGGGAAAGCAGUCUCACUAUAGUUGGAUUCUAGAUUAUUCUAGCCAAGACAGAUAUUUUAAUGAAAAAUUACAUUGUUACAUAUUCUACCAGUUGGAUAUUAGUCAGAGAUACUGAUUUAUGUAAUUUAUUCAUACAGAACCACUUAUUCAUCAUUGACUGUAUCUGGCCCAUCUUCAGUAAUUGGUCACUGUCAGAGAAUUACCUUCUAUCAGGCAGUACCUGCAGAAGUGCUGUAGAAAUGCCGCUGUCUUGGCUCAAUAUAAGCUAAUACUAUCCUGUCUGUAGUGACUGAAUUUAGAAUGCUUUGACCCCAGAAGUGGAAAAGUAUCUGUCCUAUCAUUUAGAUGAUGAAGGAAUUACCAAGCUUGACUCUGUGUUUUAUGAACAAGGUUGGGGUGGCAUUGGCCAUGCUCUGGACAUUGCUACAAUCUAUCCUUCUCUGGUUCAUAAGAAUCAUGGGUCUAGAACUUAGGUCAAGAAACUCAGAAAAAGCUGUUGAAAA